AUGUCCGUUCGACCUAGUACCACCAGUGCCCUGGGCGCGAUUGGUAACACGCCAUGUGUUGAACUGACGCACGUGGUCCCUCCCGACAGCGCCCGGGUCUUCGUGAAGCUGGAGAGCCUGAAUCCCACGGGGUCGUACAAGGAUCGCAUGGCGCUGUCGGUGAUCGAGGAAGCGGAGCGGCGCGGGGAUCUGCGGCGCGGGAUGACCGUCGUAGAAGCGACGGGUGGUAGCACGGGAUCCUCGCUGGCGUUUGUCUGUGCCGUCAAGGGCUACGCCUUCCGGGUGGUCUCGUCGGAUGCAUUUGCGCCGGAGAAGCUCAACACCAUGACCGCGUUCGGGGCGGAUCUCGACCUCGUGCCCAGCGGGACCGGCAAGAUCACCCCGCGGCUGAUCCCCGCCAUGCGCGAGCGAGCGCGGCAGAUCGCUGCCCAGGGCGACGGGCACGACUACUACUAUGCUGAUCAGUUCAGCAAUCCCGACGUCUUCCCGGGCUACGAGGCGCUGGGGCGCGAGGUGCUGGCGCAGAUUCCGGGGCCGAUUGACGCCUUCUGCGGGGCGAUCGGCGGGGCCGGCAUGGUGAUGGGGGUCGGAAGGACGCUGAAGCAGCGGUGGCCGGGGUGUCGUGUCGCGGUCCUGGAGCCGGCCUCGGCACCGGCGUUGACCCAGGGUCAUGGCGGGGAACAUUCGGUGGAGGGGAUCGGUAUUGGCUUCCCCCCGCCUCUGCUCAACCGGGAUUGGUAUGAUGAGGCCCGGGCCAUCGACGAAGCCGAGGGACGUGCCAUGUGUCGACGGCUGGCGAGGGAGGAAGGUCUUCUCCUGGGUACCUCUUCUGGGCUGAACGUGGUCGCCGCGCUGCAGCUGGCCAAGGAAUUAGGGCCGGGAAAACGGUGGUGA